AUGGAAUCCCGCGAAAGCGCCCGUGAGCUCGUUAGGAGCAUUGCUAGAGGCCGUGGUUAUCUGAGUGAGGAAAUACUGGGACGGAUGGACCAGGAUACCCGUCGAGAGGUCGAGGAAGCAAUGCUGAAGAAAGACGAGAUAAUAGGGUCUUCUGUGUUGACAUUAGCCAAAGACGUCUAUAAUAGUAGCGCUCGGUUUGUGUUCGAGCUGUUACAGAAUGCCGAUGAUAACAGUUACUCUAAGGCCAAAUCCCGUUCGGAAGCACCCUACGUUUCAUUUCGCGUCUACCCGCGACAGAUUGUUCUCGAAUGUAAUGAGGAUGGCUUCACGCCAGAGGAUCUGAUCGCGAUCUGCAAUAUCGGAAACAGCUCAAAAACUAGCGUCCAAGGAUAUAUUGGAGACAAAGACAUUGGCUUUAAGUCGGUAUUCAUGGUCGCGUGGAAAGUUCUCAUCCAGUCGGGAAAACUUUCAUUCUAUUUACAGCACAGGAUUGGCGACUCGGGAAUGGGGAUGAUUUCACCCAUCUGGCAGGAAAGGGAAGAGGAGGUACCAAAUGACAUAACUCGAUUUACGUUGUUCUUGCACGAGACGGGCCCAGAAGAAAUCCUUGCCAAACAACGCGAGACGACCCGCCAGCAGUUCCAAGAGCUUCAGGCGACCUUUCUUCUGUUUUUGAAAAACAUUGAAAGAAUCAACGUUGCCUUUUAUGAUGACGAAAGCAAGGAAGUGUGUACUACGCUCUAUUCACUGGAAUACCUGUCCAAGUCUCGGGGUAAACUCGUGGAUGAAAAAAGGGAGAACGGUCAUAUCCAUGUGGAUACUCGACACUACCAUGUUACCAAAAUCACGUUCGACAAUCUUCCCGUAAGCGAGUACAGAAAGUGCCCAGAGGCUUCUACAAAGUCCGACGUCAUUCUCGCAUUCCCAUUGACUGGAACCUCUAUUCCCAUCAUUGAAGAACAGCUACUUUAUGCUUUUCUCCCGAUACGAAAAAUGGGGCUUCCAUUUUUGAUCCAUGCAGAUUUUUAUACCGACGCCAGCAGACAGGAAAUACCUCUGUCCUCAACCCGGAAUACCACUUUACUCAGUUAUGUAGGCCUGGUGCUUGCUACAGCAGUGCAGGAAUUUUGCCAACACCCAACCUUACAGUAUCAAUGGAUGAAAUACCUCCCAAGACGCGAUGAGCUCUCCAGUGGUUCAUUUUCGCAAGAACUGAGUGCCCAUAUCCAUGCUCACCUAAAUAUGUCUGAUGUUCUUUGGACAAGAACUCAUAGCGCACUGCACCCUAUCAUACGUACGCGAAGACUACCUUCUAGUAUGCUCGAUAGUAAUGGAGAUCCUCUGUUGCCAGACUUGAAGCCCGAACAGUGUCUCUCCGCUAAGUAUCGUCCAAGAGACUUGAAAUUGUUGAUGGGGUACGGCCUUGUUUAUUUGAGCAAUUAUGGGUUCCUGGAAAGGGUUCGCCAGGAUCUUAGCCGCGACGACUCACUGAUAAGAUCAUUCAGUGUUGAUGAUGAUUGGCAUUCGCGUGUGGCUAAGCUCCUGAUGUCAGCCUACCAGGAGAGGCCCAAAUCGGUGUCUGCGCUUGCUAUUAUCCCCCUGACUAACGGCGAAUGGAGAUCUUCAACCUCCAUAAAGACCCAUCGCAUCUACCAUUCUCACUGUAACGGUUACCUCAUCCCCGAAGUGAACAUGCCUUUGGUAGACCCGCGAGCUGAGAAGAACCCCGACCGAGAAAGACUGUUCAGUCAACUUGGUGUUAAGAAUCCGAAGGUAUCUCGGGUUCGAGACGCUGUUAUCCGUACCAGUUACAACAAAACGGUUGACCUCGACGAGUCUCGAGCACAGCUGGAAUUUCUCUACCUUACGGCCCAUCUUGACCGCCGAAUUGAUUCUGCGCAUUUCUACAGCGACAUGGAUCUCAUAGACCAGCAGAACAGAUACCGGGAGCCGGAUUCACAUACCUUUUACUUUCCUGGAAAGGACCUGUACAGUGCCGAGCAACUACUCACGCCGACGAAACCUUACGGGUCCGGGAAGAGUUCAAGGCCGGGCGUUUACAUCCUACAUAGCCGCUAUAUGGAACCCCUCCCUAUAAAGCCAAUUGGGGAACGCCGGACAUGGAUGACGUGGUUGUCAGAGUCACUGCAAGUCCGCAACACCAUUCCAAUUACAGAUUCCAACCGGUUGAGCCCAGAGUGUACCUUCAUAGCCGAGCAUCAUCCUGAGAAAUUUGUAGGGUUCUUGGUCAAGAACUGGAAAUUCGAUUCUGCUCUCCUGGGAAAACGCAAACUGAUUGAUGAGUUGUUGAAACUUAAGGUUGUCUGUGAGAGUGGAUCAAGCUAUUCUUUGGGCGAGACAUAUAUCCCGAUUCCUGAGAUUUCAUACCUCAGAAAAUUUCUUCGGGAUGAAGAUGAUUUCCCAUGGCUUAAAACUGAUAGUUCCUGGCUUCCUGAACUGAACGAUAUGGCUAAAGCAUUGGGUUUCGGCUAUCCAAAAUCUGAGUUGGAAGCCUACCUGCGAGCUCUACAGUCUAUCAAGGAAUCUAGUGAUGGUAACCAUACAACACCCGAUGAGAUCGAGCGUGUCUACGAUCUGUAUGCACGCAUCCAGGCUCAGUACAGUGAGUCCUCAACACCAGACUCUUAUCGUUCAAUUCUUCGGACUGCUUUCGCUUCUAAAAACCUCAUUCACGUACCAAACAUGGAUGAUGAAGGAGGGCCGUAUUGGGAGUCCUCAGACAAUUGCUUGUGGGAAGCGCCCCAAUCCAUGGAAUGCAAAAUCCCUCUAAGACGGAAGUACAACGACGUGAAGCAUGGAAAUUGUCUUGCCAAGCUCUUUCAAAACACGCUAGGUAUACCAAACGUUGGGUUGAAGGACUUACUGAACGAGCUGCAAUCCUUAUCUGUAGAGGGCUGCGACAAUAUCGACAGAAUCCUAAUCAUGUACAGAGAAAUAGAUAAGUGCCGCCCGAAGAUGAACAAGGAGACUACAGAAAAAGUCCGGCGGCGCUUCGAACUAAGGAAACUUAUUUAUAGUAACGGGAAAGCCACGGGUGGUUGGCAUAGUCCAUCGCAAUGUUUGUGCUCGACUGUCACCAAUACCAGAGGGAUCGUAACGCUCAAAGACCUCUACAAAGACCUACAAGACUUCUUUGUCGAGCUACUAGGUGUUCAGACAUUGACAGCGGAAAUGGUGUACAGCAAGCUUCUUGAGCAGGGACGCGCGAUGACACCUAUCAACGAGGUCAAAGAUACUAUCUGGCUUCUGAACUCGUACCUACAGAGUGAGGAAGAUCCUCCUAGCUCAACAAGCCUACUCGAAAGUAGAGUGUUCCCAGUGAGGUAUCCCAACGGUGUCGUAGAGCUGCGCAGCUCUACAGUUGACUUCACCAUAUCUGACCGAAAACAUCUGUCACAAUAUUUCUUCGACAAAGCCCUGUUUCUUGACUUUAGUACUGAAGAGGUAUUGCAGCUAGAGUCUUUCAUCGAAUGGGCUAAAAUUGAGACACGCUAUAUCUCGUCUUGUGUGAAGGAGAUUUCCUCUUAUACGGGCGACUCUUACAGGUCGCUGACGUCUCCAGAUCGAAAGAUAUCUCAGAAGGCUUACGGGCUACUGCGAAUUGCCGUACAUUAUAAGAGCCCACGACUGGUGGACGGAGAACGAGCGUUUUACGACUUACUGAAGAACGUCGAUGUUCGCGAAACCGAUGGAAUCACCUCUGAACUACAUCUACAGCAGGAUGGGAAGGACCUCAAAGUCAAGGUCGCGGACGGCGAGAUAAAUAUCGAAGAAAUAACGGAUGGGCUUCACAUCUAUGUGCCACGGGAUCGGAAAGCCCAGUACAUCUGCUUCCUGGACAGAAUACACAAAGAUCUCUUGGAGUGGAUUCUGACGGAGCCAUCUACGGCAUUAUUUGAACCGUACAGCGAGAAGGCACUAACUCUAAUGAAAACUAUUCUACAGGCGCCGGUGGAGUUCGUUUCUGUUAUCCUAGAUAGGGCUGGUAUGGUCUCCAUUGAGACACCAGAGGACUUGUCCGGUGUCGACGUUGACGCUUCCAAUCCUACCGACCAGACCUCUGUUGAGAACAGCCAUGCUAUACGAGGGUCAAGUUGCCGCAGCGACAGCAUAUCAGCCUGCGAUGCAAAUGAUACAAUUGCGAAUGAGCUAUCUGAUGAUGGACAUGAGGCCCAAGACCUGGGUGAGCAAUAA